UAAAGAGGAUGUAUGUCCCUGCCUACACUUGGCAUCACAUCCAACAGUAGUAGAAGAAAAGAAUGAUGAUAAUGACGGACCUGUCUGGUCGAUGAGACACUUGUGGAAUGAAGCAGCCGAUAACUUUUAGUCAAGUGACUGUCAUAGCGUACAUGUUUAGCACCGGCUCUUUCCUAUUCCAGGGAAAACCCAGCCCGUGUGAGAUGUUUAUCAAAUCUGUCUGUACAUUGACUGAGAGCAGGGAGGAGACAUGUACCAGUCAAAUGGUUGCUUUGUUGUGUGGGGAGAGGAGCGUUGCUUUAAACAAGCAGUUUCGAGCAGAAAGAGAAGACAGUGUUGUGAAGUUAUUUGACGGGGAACAACUCAUAUGUUGGUGGCAUUUAGUGGAUUGCAGAGAGCACUGCCAAAACCCACCGAGAUGUUUUUAUUCUAACGGAACAUGCACGCACGGCAAGUGUAGCCAUAACUGCCAGUCGCCGGGCCAGUGCCAUCAACAUAACGGCUCAUGUCUGUAUGGUUGUCAACUUGGUUUUUAUGGACAGAAUUGCACUCAAGGUGUGUCCAUAUGA